CUGAUUAAUUUUUUUUUAGGAUCAACAAUUACGGAAAGAUCUUUAUUUUCUUUGUUAGAUACACCAUCAAAGCCUAGUUCUAUUGAACAUCUUGCCGCUUCCUCUUUUCGCCCUGGUCGGAAAUGGACUCUUGCAGUCGGAUUCUCAUCAAAUGUGGUCAUGCUCUUGAACUCAUACGACGAGGUAGAUCCUUUUACUUGGCAAAGUCCAGAUCCUAUUGUUUCAAUGCGAUGGAAUGCAGCUGGUGAUUUACUGGCAUUAGCGACGACUGAUAAUAGAUUAUUUGUAAUUGACUAUAAAGGGACAGUCAUCUUUUCUCAGCAAUCUCUUGUAUCUACAAAACGGGAUAUUACAGCGCUUACAUGGGCUCAUGAUGAUCAAAUUAUUAUUUUAGCCUGCGGUGGUUGUUUGGCAGUGGGACAUGUAGUCGUAGGAGUUCCAUCUCUUUUUAGCCUUGUUACAUAUAACCUGUGGUUAAUGGUAAAGUCAUCUACUCGUGCUAUUGAUAACCUCCCAGUACCAGUCCGCGAACGUAAUGCGAUAAAGGAAUUUAACCACCAUAUUAUAAAGUGUCGUGUGCCGUCUCGCUAUGAAUUGAUUGGAAAAGUGUGUACACCUUCUGAAUGGAGGUGGUACUGCACAAUUAAACCUGUUCCCAAUAAAGCACAUACCUAUGUUUUGUGUAUGGAACAUAUGGGGGGUCUUGUUCCAGUACUUAUCGGUCGACAAACGAAUCGAAUAAUACCUCAGUUCCAAAUAUCGCUUUAUACGUCACCAGAUGCUUCCACCAGUGCAGGUUGCUCGCAAGAAGCUGGUUCUUCUGCGCAAGUUGAGGACGUCGGUGCUUUUGCUCGUCCAUCUGCGAAUCGAAGUUCUGUUUGGAGGAAAAGUAAACGUCAGAUUCGUGCUUUCAUGCAUCGGCGUGUCGCAUUUCGACAUCCACAGAGUCGGUUGGAUGCAAAACUGUUGCAGGUAACCUCAAAUGUUUGGUGUACUCGUUUUAAAAUGACUUCGCUUGCUACGAAUCUCCUUCCACCAUUUUUAGCUCAGGUCAUAUAUAAAACUUCUGUAUUACAUAUGCAGCCGCGGCAAAUGACAGUACAUUUAGCAGAUCUGGGCAACAAAAACCCGACAGCCCCACCUCAGCGCGUAAAUAUUUGCAGAGUUUAUGGUGAAAACGAGACAGCUGCUGCAGAGGAUAGGGUUUCACAAGCUUUAGUGGCUCCAUCGGAGAGAGAUGUACGCGGGUUAUUUGGGAAUCUCCAGCAGUACGGAAGGCGCCUUUUGGAUGACAGAAGGUGGAACGAUGAUGAAGAUUCGGAAGAAUUGUUAUCCGCGGAGGAAAGGCAACAGUACCAGAAUAUUAUACGGGAAUUUGAAGACCUUCGGUUGGCUGUCGAAAGGCACAUAUCAAAGAUGAAAGGUUUUGCUCAUGAUCUUGAAAAGUCUUCAUGUAGAUUUGAACCCCUGAAUAAUGAGUUGACCGGUGCUCCCGGUGUUGGAAAAGCUCCAAAAGUUUCUGCAGCACCGAAAGAUGUGCAACCCUGUACAGUAUGUAAAAUUCAGCGAACAGAAAUUGCGAUCGAACCAUCAACUUCUAAUGCAAACUGGCACAAUCAGUUCGAUGAUAUCGAAUAUAUUGAUGAAGAUGAUGCUGGGAUUGCUAUAACAAGCGACGACAAGAUCCCGCUGCUAAAUGUUCCAAAGUCGUUCAAUGAUCCGUGUAAAAAAGGUCUUCGACAGUUAAGCGAUAUAUCUUCAACACUAGAUAAGCUUUCUAAACUUACAAAUGAUGCCAGUCUUCGGCGAUCGGGAAACAAAUCCGAUUGUCAAGUUUCAAAUGAUUCCCCUCAAUCUGUCCAGUGCUUCAGAAUGGCUGGGAAUCGAAAUUCUAACAAGGAUGAAAAUAUCUCUGUGGCAUCACUUCGGUCACAUUUGCGCGACAUAGCGAAGAAAGUUUCCCAAAUUGAAAAGAAAAUUAAUUACGGUGAUGAGUUAUUGGACGAAGUGUGUGGCGAUUUACAGCAACGAGUUCAACAUAUCAAAGCAUUUCUUGGUGAACAGUUAGUUUCGACUGAAGAAAGGCCAUAUCUAGUCUUACAAAACAAAACUCCUUUUUGGAAUGAAACUAACCAAGUUUAUCAGUUAGAUUUUGGUGGCAGAGUAACGCAGGAGUCUGCCAAGAAUUUUCAAAUUGAAUACGGUGACAAACAAGUUAUGCAGUUCGGGAGGAUUGAAAAUGGAGCCUACACGCUAGAUUUUAGGGCACCAUUUACAGCUGUGCAAGCAUUUGCAGUUGCACUUGCCUCAAUUACUCAACGGCUCAAAUAA